AUGUCCAUGAAGCCUCAAUUUGCAGAGUCGGCCCUCACCUCAGAGUUGCGCACGGGGGUUCAUAAGCGUGCGUUCAGCCGGCGUAUCGCAGGAGACGGACGGGAUGGCUCGGAAUUUGAGCGCCAUAAAGCCUCGAACUUAUCGCCGCAGGUGGUGCGGCUUACUGCUUACUGGUUGCACGGCCAGGCUACAGCAGACUCGCGCCCGAGCUCCAGCGCAGACUCCGCGGUGCAUUCGGGCUCAAAAGGCUCUGGGCCCUCGAAGGGCUCCGGGCCCUCGAAGGGCUCUCCAUCCAAGGAUCGUGGGAAAAGCAAGGACUCCAGGAACAAGAGCAAAAGCAAGCUCAGCACCAGCGAAGCUGCCAGGUCUGAGUCGCGAACGGAAUCGAAGGAGGUGGUGCAGCUUACCCUGCCAAUCCUGGCGGGUCAUUUGCUUAAGACUGGCUGGUACCCGCCAAAGACAAUGCCCGGGCCCGGGCCGGCAGUGCGAGCCGCGCAGGCGAUCUUCAAACUGCUGCGGGUGCCAUAUGACGGGUGCCUCUUGCAAGGUCAUCUAGACCUCGUGUACCAACAUCACAGGUUCCACUGGCGAAUCGCCGUCUCUAGCACGAAGCUCCGUUUGGUGCUGAUGCGCCACGGUGACAGCUCUUGGUCGCUCGCCCAAGGCGACCGGCCUGCUUCACCGCCCGCAUCUCCUAUGGCCGCACACAGCAGAACGCUGCAGCCCGAAGGGUGGGCGCAGGUGACGCGAACAUCCUGGGCCUUGCGACUUUGUGAUGAUUGGCGACCUCACAUGCUGCUGAGCAGCAGCUUGCUGUGUUGCAGGCAAACUACCGAGAGAUUGUUUUCAAUAUUGGAUGAUCCACUGCGAGAGGGUGCGCUACCCGGAGCUGUCGAGGACUCUAUUCCUAACAGCUCGUGCAAGAUAUUGGACUAUCCCGACCAUGAGGGCAGUUUGGGCUUCUCGCUUUGGCAGCUUGGGCGAGAAGUUGAGGAUGCUGUGAGGGAGGUUGAGACAUCCGGAGAACCUCCCGGCCCCAAGGAUGCGGAGAGCCCCCCGCCCAAGAUCCUCAUGCUUGUGAGUGGCGGGGCUGUUGUGGAAAGCAUGAUGGGAUUUCUGACCAGCGGCAUGGAGCGCAAGCAUCUGGAUAUCCAGCUCGUUGGCGGUGGGGAUGCCAUUUUGCUGGAAUCUCCAGUGCUCCAUCGGGUGGUUGGAGAUGGGUCUGAGGCAGCCCCCGAGCGCGUCCGACCCGACAGCGAGCUUUGGGGGGCCGCGCUGUGCCGCAACCGGUGGAAGGUUGCGCGCCACAUUCGUGGUGACGGUGCUGGGGCACAGCUAGGUGCGUUACCCAAGACUGUUGAGGAGUCCAACGCAGAGCUGGGAGCCAGCAUCCGGAAGGCAGUGGAAAAGCCCAAGUUCAUUGAGCCUCCAUCCAAAGAAGGGCCAGAUGUGUUCAGUGAGACCAGAUCGGCUUUCAGGAGCUAUGCAGGAGAGCCUAUGAUCUUCAGCCACUCCGAGUUCUCCAGGCUUUGCGUGCGGGCCGGCCGGGCGGAGCUCCCGCUCGAGCCCGAGUUCUGCCAGAAGGUGAAGCCCCUGGUCUAUGGCUUCCAGUUCAAGUCACCUGCGAGUAGCAAGAGGGAGUCCAAGCUCAAUUCCAAGUCUGAUUCGCUGCCCGACGUGAUUGGCCAUCUCAAGCAGCUUUAUUACCAAGCAACUGCCUCCAGGGUGCUGAAGAUGAACCCGUGGAUGCUGCUACUGGUGCUCCUGCUCACGAUUCCCACAGUGAUCCUGCUUUGGCAGCUUUGGCCAGCCGGGGAGACGGGUGUCCGCCGGCAGUUGCUGGCGGUCUCCAAGCUGGAGGGUCCAGUGCUGAGCACGUCGAAGGCCCAUGAUGAGCUCUCGGCCCUGCAGCAGCGGUCGGCGAUGGCGAUGUCGGCGCACGUCCCGGCGCCCAAACCGAGCGGCCCCACCCCGGCCCCGCCAAGCCCUCCGAGCCUUCAGCAGCCCCCAGGCCCGACACCCAGCCCGCCCAAACCGAGCCCGACGCCGAGCCCUACACCCAAAUCGAGCCCAACGCCGAGCCCGACGCCCAAGCCGAGCCCGACGCCAAGGUCCGACGCGCCUCAUCCAGCUCUCAGAGGAUCCCCGGUGAAGGAUUUGACGACACAGCCACAGAAGGAGCUCUCCAGCAAGCUCCACCCUGCAUACUUGAAGCUCAUUAGGGAAUAUCCAUUCCAGCCCGUGCGGACGGAGAAGGGCGAGUUUGUCAAUCUGAUUCUGGUCAGAUCACCGUUCCGAUCCAAGCUCCAGAAAGAGCUGUACCAGCAGUACAAGGAUGAAAUAUUGUUUGUGGGCAUUAGCAGCUUCGAAGAUUUCCCGCAGGUUCCUCCAAACCCCUUCUCGGGUAAGUUUCCCGAGGAUGAGUAUGUGGGGCUUUUCCCGGGUUUUCUGCAUAUGAUCCGGGAGCCCGAGAAGGUGUUCCCGCCCCAUGUGAAACUGCUGCUGAUGUCGCAGUCCGACUUUUCCUUGCCACCGCCCGGGCCAGCUGUUCCAAAGAAGUACGACUUCACCUUCUCCGGCUCGGACCAGGACGUGCACAACGACUGCGUGGGCUGGUCCUCCUUUGCCAAGAACUGGACCUUUGUGAAGCAAGCGCUGGAGGUGAUGUGCUCCGAGUUUGACAUCAAGGGCGUUCUUGUGGCCACCAAGGACAAGCAAAACAGGAAGGCAUGCAGCAUCCCCGAGAGUUGCAAGGGCAAGAUCACACAGACCCAGUUUCUGGGUCAGGAUGGGUUCUUCGACUACGUGAGGCAGAGCAAGUUCCUGUUCCUGCCUCAAGUCCAUGAUGCAUCUCCCCGUGUCUCAACUCAGGCUCUCGCUCUUGACGUCCCCCUGCUCACGAAUUGGCAUAUCAUGGGUGGAUGGAAGUACGUCAACGAGAAGACAGGCGAGUUCUUCCACUGCGACAGCGAGGGCAGCUGCCAGCCCAGCAUCGCCGCAUGUGCAAAGGCCACCCAUUGCGGAGAGCUGGAUGAAGGACCUGGAUCCAUGGCACGGGCGGGGCUCAGGAGAGCGCGGAGGUUCAAACGCGGCGCUGGCCAAAGGGCCACUUGCAUGGUGCGUGCUGGGCCCUCGAGCGCGGCGAUGCUGGUGCGUGACCUUCCCUUGAGCGCCAGGCAUAUGCCGCCUGGCCGCUCCAAAAGCCCAGGCGACAAGCAAGAGUCGAAGAGCGACGAAAAAGGAAAACCUUCCCGCACACCAGAGAAGGAAACGACUUUGAAGUCACCUGACGACAAGGUCAAGACCGACUCGAACGAAAAGGGCAGGUCCCGUUCGAAAGACAAGGGCACAUCCCCUUCCAAAGGCAAAGUCAAGUCCGGCUCGAAGCACAAGAAAAAGCAGACCAAGGACAAGAAAAAAUCAGGCUCAAAAGGCAGGGCCAAGUCCGGUUCAAAAGACAAGGAGAAGCCUGGUUCGAAAGACAAGGACAAAUCCCGAUCGAAAGACAGGGAUAAGUCGCGUUCGAAAGGCAAGGACAAGUCUCGUUCAAAAGGCAGGGACAAGUCCCGUUCGAAGGACAAGGACAGGUCCCGGUCCAAAGACAAGGACAAGCCCCGAUCGAAAGACAAGGACAGGUCCCGGUCGAAAGACAAGGACAAGCCCCGUUCCAAGGACAAGCGAAGAUCCCGUUCAAAGGACAAGCGCAGGUCCCGGUCUGCAGAUGGCAAGCGUAAGUCACGGUCUCCAAGCCGAAGACGGUCGCGAUCCAAGCGAAGGGGCUCUCCUACACCUAGACGGCGGUCUUCCCGAAGUCGUGAUCGGGAUGGUGAUCGCCGCGGAAGUAGGAGAAAUCGAGGCAGUCGCGAUGCCAGUCGCGACCGAGAUCGAGGUAGUCGGGACCGAGACAGGGACCGCGACAGAGGAAGCAGUCGCGCCCGUGACCGAGACAGAGGUGGGUCGCGCGGACGAGACCGGGAUAGAGGGGAUAGGAGGAGUGACCGUGAUCGCGGCGGCCGUGACGUGAGAGAUCGCGAUCGAGACCGGAACGGCGACAAUCGCAGAGACCGAAGAUCACGAUCCAGGCGAUCCAGGGGCGGCUCUCGACGCCGCUCGCCACGUCGGGGGAACGGAGAUAGAGACAGAGGAAAUGACCGAGGUAGAGAUUACGACAGGCGUCGUGACCGAGACAGCCCCAAGGGCCGCGGAGGCGCCAAGGCUGCACGGCUUGCAGCGCUGGAGGCCAUCAAGAGGAAACGCGACCGGAGUGGCAGCAGCAAAAGCAGCAGCCGAAGCAGCAGCUCCAGCAGCUCAUCUCUGAGUAUCGCGGGCGAAAAACCUGCCAACGGCGAUGUGGUAGAAAUCAUGGAGGAUGCCAAGCCGCUUCCUCCUUCCACCGCUGCUUUAAUUGCUGCGGAGAUGGAGGCGCAAGCUGUCGAGCUCGGGAAGAUGGGUGUGAAAGAGCUCAAGGAGCUGCUGAAGGAUGCGGGUGUGUCCUUUGCCGGAGCUACUGAGAAGGAGGACCUUGUCAGGCUGCUGACAAAGGCACGCGCUCAAGCAAAGGCAAACGACGUGAAGUUCGUUGCCUCAAAGCAAUGGCAGCGAGUCCCAGAUGGGGUUGCCCUCCCCACUGGCCUCGAGGUCAAGUUCGACAUGGACCGAGGCUGCAACUACGCUCGGAUCCCGCAUGAGAAGAAGAAGUGA